AUGCCAUGGGACGACUUCCGGGAGCGUUACGUUGCGGCCCUCAUGGAGGAGGAGAGGGCCGAAAUGCUGCAGCAGCAAGACCAAGUGCCAGAUUGGUUCUUGACCAGCGAGGUCCGAAAGAAGGAUGCUCCAGAGACACUCGAUGGCCAGGUGGAGGCCCUGGUGGCACAGAAGAAGCAGCGGCUUGCCAUCGCCCGGUCAGCAGGACCCUUAGAGCCGCUCAUCCCGGGGAGCCUGCCAUGCGGUGAAGCUCUCUACGAAUCAGUAUACCGCCGGGUGCCGGGGUGCAGCCCAAUGGCUGAGCCUUCUUGCGGCCGAUGGCUGGUAGACGAGGUGGCCAGCCUGGAAGAGGUGGCUGCAAUGCGCAGCACAAUGCAGGAGGCCUUCGCAGGGCUGUACCACUCGGGGCCCUUGACCUCCCUGGCGCUCGGGGAAGCCUUCCCCGCGGGAGCGACUCAGGAGCUCAUGCAGCGUGCGAGGCAUGCAGUGUCCGAAGCUCUGGGUGGGCCAAAGCUGUUCUUCAGCGGCGCAAUGCUGACGCGGUUCCAGAUCCCGCAGGUUGAAGGCGACAUGCAGCGGAACUCCAGCGGUGAUGAGUUUGCUCCGCACGUUGACAAGGCAAACGUAGCCUCCUAUGACUGGAGCGCGCUGCUUUACUUCAGCACCGCUGGUGAGGACUUUCAAGGCGGGGAGCUGAUCUUUUUGGACGCGGAGGCGCAGCGCAUGCUGAAGCCGGUCAGGGGCCGGCUAGCCUUCUUCAGCUCUGGCCUGGAGAACUUGCAUCGCAUCGGUCCGAUGACUUGGGGCACACGGCUGGCCCUUGCCGUGUGGUUUACCUGCAGCGAAAGGCACGGGAGCGCCGUGCACGCCGCAGAUUAA